AUGGAGAGGAGUGAAGAACGUUAUGCGGAGUGCAAGGGCACCCGCUAUGUUCUCAUGACGCUUCCCCAUUUCCGUAAGGUCCGCAAACUCGCGUUGUCGCGCGAUGCUUCGUGGAAAACACAUUACUCUGACAGCCAACUCACAGUGGAGUCUAAGCCGCCUGAGGACGCCUCCACCCAUCUCAAUAUAAUUAGGGCGACACGAAUCAUGAAGAAGGUGCCGCCGCUGGUGUUGUACAACCAACUGCACGACGCCCAGUACCGCACAACGUGGGACACCAACAUGCUGGACGGAUACAACAUUGUUCAGUUAGAUAAGCAUAACGACAUUGGCUACUACGCUGCGAAGUUUCCCUGGCCACUGAGCAACCGAGACUUUUGCAACAUGCGCUCAUGGAUGGAGUUCACAAACGGCGAGUAUAUGAUCUUCAACCACUCCGAGCCGCACCCCGACUGCCCUGUGAAGAAAGGCUUUGUCAGAGCUCGCUCCAUCUUGACUGGCUUCUACAUUCGCCCCAUACCGGGCGAGAGCGGCACGCAGCUGAUCUACGUUACCCAGAGCGACCCCUGCGGUUCCAUCCCCCACAGCGUUAUCAACUAUGCAAUGACAAAGGGGGCACGUAUGAUUCUCGACAACUGCGAAAAAUACUCGGAGAGGUACCCGGCCUACACUGAGAAGACGUACUCGGUGGAUCACGUAUAUCCGUGGCGCACGCCCAAAAUGGACUGGGACAGCACCUACCUGUACCCAGAAGACGUUCCUGCGAGCAGUGGGCCGGCAGUGGAACACCAGCAGCUGGAUGCUCAUGGCGGCGGCGGCGACGGAGAGGAGGGCAAUGGGAAAUCUGGUGAAAAGAUGGCUUCUCCGUUCCUCUCGAGCGCUGUCACACCAUUCAGUACAUCACUAGCUCUCGCCCCGGUCGCUCCGUACUGCAUCACGGAUCUACUUUCCGUUCAGCAGUACCGCUCUAUCAUGCAGGAUGCCAUGAACGCUGUAGACCGCUCCUUUCUCCGAGAGGGGCGCGUGCCAACUACGAAGGAGUACAUUCUCCGACUCAAAUAUAUUAUUGAGGGUAUCCGCCAGACUACUGUAGACGUCUAG